AUGGCUGCAGCCAUGCAGUCGCAGAUAUAUGUUGUAACCGAUAAUGCAGGCACCCUUACGGUCUUCUGUCGUCCUACGCAGACCACCGAGAACUGGCCCAGGCGGCUGCUCCGGCAGCGGGUGAUUCGGCUGACGUUCGCCUGCAGUUCGGUGUUCUGCUUGAUCGCAAGCGCUGUGGCCGCGGCCGUACUCGCCUACAGCGGCAACCUGCCCGGAUUUCGCAAGUUCCCGCUAAGAACCUGCGACUCUGCCGACUGCCUCCACGUGGCCGAAAUAAUCAGGGCUGCGGUCAACGCGUCGGUCGACCCGUGCCACGACUUCUACGAGUACGUCUGCGGCUCCUACGGUGACGUGGCCACGGUAGACCAGAUUAUGGCGGUGUCUCUACGCACGGACAGCAUCUUCAGGGCAGUGCUGAGCGCCUCACUGGCCAACAGGACUACGCCGCCAGUGUCUUCGGCUGGCCGCAAGGCUAACGCCCUCUACAAAUCCUGCCUAGAUGUAGUUGCCAAGAAGCAGAAGGACCUGCCUGUACUCAUGAGGUUUCUGGGCACCCACGGCUUGGAACUGAGCUCAUUGGACGCAAAAGAAAGUGCCCUGGAAGUCAUAUUCCGGCUGUACUUCCAGUAUGGCAUCACGGCGGUCUUCGCGUUCAACCUGGCCGAGUUCAUAACGAGGAACUCCAAGCGCGAGCUUCUGCUCCGAAUCGACAAAAACCUGGAGGCAUGGUAUAACUAUCGCUCGAAGUUGAUACAAACGAACUCUAUCAGGUACUUUAUGACCGCGUUCUUGAGACAAUACGGAGACAAAUUGAGCACGAUCAUGGGGACUAUUUACGCUACGGAGACCAAGGCUCACAUUGCGUUGCGGCAGCUCUCCGCCCGCUUCGGUCGGAACACCUCCAAUUUCUACUCGGUGCUAAUUAGCUACAUUGGCACUCUCACGCCAAAUACGGUGACGCGCGAGGAAUGGACGCGCUUGAUGCUGAAGUACGCCGGCACCCUGUACACGGCCAACGACCGGAUCCUCGUGGAAAAGCGAGCGGUGGCCUACCUGCAGUCGUUGUACGCAACCAUCGGAUCGAAGGGGCUGAAGCUCCUAGUGGCCUGGAGCGUACUUCGCAACUACGCCGGAUACGCAGACGAGUCGGUGGCUACUUUCCUCUAUGGCAACUACGAGCAAGAGUGCCUGACGCGAGUAGACAGACUCAUGCCAGUGGCCCUUCACGCCGAGCCACUGUUUGCGGUGGCACCUGCCGAGUCAGUGCGAGCGGCGUACGAAAUUGCGGCCAACGUCAGGGAAGGAGCUAAGACAAUGUUCGCCGACUCUGUGUGGCUCGACAGCCGUGCCAGAGCGGUAGCCCUCAGCAAGCUUUCCCGCAUGGUCUUCCACAUGGGCUACCCGGACGGCCAGGACUCGCCGGCUGCCCUGGACUCAUACUACGAUGACCUCGCUUACCCGUCGGGACCGUUCUUCACUGCGUGGCUGGACGCUUCGCGGCAGCACUUUCGCAAGCUGCUCGACAAGAGCACGGGCCCGGUGUUCGUCGUGAACGAGGUCAACGCCUUUUAUGCCACAGGUGCCAACCAGAUCGUCGUGCCCGCGGCUUUUCUGCAGCGUCCACUGUUCGUGAGAGACGCGCCGGCCUCGUUCAACUACGGCAGCCUGGGUCACGUCAUCGGCCACGAGAUCAUGCACGCGUACGACGUGCACGGCAUCAACGUCGACGAGGAGGGGUUCGCGGUCUCCUGGAUGCUGCCUCCGUCGUUGGAGCGCUACGAGGACAGCGCCCGCUGCGUGCGGAAAGAGCACGACAGCGUCCUAGCCUGGCGCUCCAUGGUUUUGGUGGACGACCUGGACUCGGAGAACAUCGCCGACUUCGCGGGCGCCCGCGCAGCUUACCGGGCCUUCCGCAGUCUCUCGGGAAGCGUGAGGUUCGUCCGAGUGCCGGGACCAUUUUAUCCGGAGCAGCUCUUCUUUAUCGGCUUUUGCCUCAAGUGGUGCGAUAGCCACUUCUACCGCAAGAGCAGGGGCAGGUACGCACCGGGGUACGCGAGAUGCGUGGUGCCCCUCCGCAACAUGCGCGAGUUCGCCGAGGCGUUCCACUGCGAGCGCAACGCGCGCAUGAACCCGGAGAGCAAGUGCUCCUUUUGGUGA